CAUGUCUUCCGGUUUAAUGUCAUGUGUGCGAGAAAAUUCGCCACCUUUGGAAUUGGAAAUGGAACGGGAACGUGAACGUGAACGCGAACGGAUACGAGAGCGUGGAGGACCAUUGUCAUUGCCAUCAGAGAGUGGCGGUAGCAGAUCGUCACAUGAUUUACACGGUGCCACCACCUCAACACCCAUUUCCAGUCCAGUGAGUGGAACAGGAACAGCAGCAAAUGAUGCUGAUGAUAAUAUCACAAAUGCCGAUCAUCAUCAGCAGCAGCAGCAACAACAACAGCAACAACAGCAACAGAAGCGCAGGCGUUUCCAUCCAUUGCGCAAUUUGCGUCGCAUCUUUCGCCGCCGCACUAUAAAUACAGCUGACAGUUCCACAUCAUCGUCAGGUGUAGGAGGAUCAGGAGGACCAGGGCCAGGAUCCUGCAAUACAUUGCCACCGCCAGCGAGCAGUUCCAGUGAAAAGAAUUUGCGUAACGUCACAACAGGAGCAAAUAGUUCACAAAUCGUUGGGGCCAAUAUCUCAGCCAUCUCAUCGCCAGCUUCGCCAUUGAAUAGCGAUAGCUAUCAAACACAAUCGCUGCCCAAGUCGAAAUCCCAUCGCGAUGAACUCUUAAGCGUUUUGCUGGGCAAAAAGAAGACAUCAUCGAAUAAGCAGCAACAACAACAACAGCGGCGAGAACAGGAGCAAUUUGUCGAUAAUUCAUUGUCUCAAACGGAAGCCAUGUAUCAAACACAACAACGUCAACAAUUGGGUGUGGCUGUCUUUCCCGACUCACUAAAUCUGAGCAGGAAUAGCAGCAGCAGUUACUACGCCGCCGAUCAAAGGCAACGACAUCGUCAUCUACGCAGUGUUGGCGAUUCAUCACAGGAAUUCCUUAUGGGUGAGAGCAACAGUUCUGCCAUGGCUGGUGGUGCCCAAAACGCUGACAUGUCCGAUAGUCAGCGUAGUCUAAGCGAAGGUCGUCUACUGGAUGUGGAUGGUGAUUAUACACGAGAAACUCUUUCGCAAUCACAUGAUAGUGUCUUCUCGGAAUCGGCCACAGCCAGUAGUCUAUCGAUUGUAUUAAAGGCGGAGCUCACAGAUGUUUUGCGUAAGAGACGCAAUCGUCCCGAUGCCUCCGAUGAGGAUUUGGGUCUGCCACGCAGUCCUGCCUCACCACAGAGACGUGCUGCUGGAGUUGGUGCUGGGCAGAGUCGGAGUGUCAAUACUUCGGGAGGUCUGCCCUCAUCACGUGUGAUGCUCAAUCAUCAUCACAGUCACAAUCACAGUGUUAGUCACAGUCACAGUGAGGUCUCAUCGCUCAGUCUGUUGAGUGUGAAUAGCAACGAUGAUCAGCAUCAUCAUCAUCAGCAGCAGCAGCAACAACAUUCACGGGUAUCCACUAGCUCUUCAAUCUCUAUGGGAUCGGACAUAUUACGUUCCCAUCCCGAUGAUGAGACGGAUGCAGUUGGUGGCGAACGUCAUAGAUUAUCCCAUGCAGCGGCCAAACAUAAAAUGGCCAUUAGGCCGGCUAAAAAGAAGGGACCAAGUCGUCAGCAUAGACGUACCCUGGAGACUUCUAUACCCGAGGCCAAUGAAGAGCUUCUUAAGAUGAGUCCCAGCCUAAGAACCAUUAAAGAUAACGAACAAGUCAAGUCCAAGACACGGUCUUUGCCACCCAAGACUUUAACUGCUAUGGCUCCAGCUCCAGUCACCUCAUCGACCACGACCACGACCACAACAACAACAAAGCGUACCAAGACAAUCGAGCAGACGACUUCUUCUACUCAGGUCUUUGGUCUACGCUCCAAGGUUAAUGCAUUAUUCGAGACACGUGGCGAAUCGUCCACCGAUGGUGAUGAUAAAGCCGCUGCCACAGCGGAUUCUCCAGCGGAUGGCUUCCUUAGUCGUCUGAUACAUCGCAAUUCCAAACGUAGCAUUGCUCGGGCCAACGAUGGUCUCGAGGAUGUCGACUCCAGCCAGAGUGUGGCCAAGAAAUUACAAAUAUCCACCUCCUGUCUGGAGGCCACUUCGCGAGAGCCAUUGGUGUUGCCCGACAAAUCGAAAAGUGCCACUUCCCAUGAACAGCAUAUCCAGGAGACGCGCCAGAUCAUUAAGCGUGAGAUACAGAAUGAGGGAAGACAUGGUCUCAAUGCGAUGGUCAGUAACUAUGGUGUCCAUCCGCAACCGCCGACGGCCAUUAAACCAAAAUCUGGACCAGCUGCUCGUCAGCGUUAUGUGCCCCAAGAGUUGAGCCAGCCAACUGUGGAAAAAACAUCCUCGAAUGAUGUUACCAAUUUGCUUUCAAAGAGUUCCAGGGGUACCGAUACCUUUCAAUCCACAACUUUGGUGCGUGAGCAACAAUUCAAAUCGGAACGCAAAACGGCACGCAUUGUGGGGCUAAGUGCAUUCCAACAGAAGUUGUCACGUUCCAAUGAUUCAGUUGGUCAGCAUUCGAGUUCUUCCAACUCGCUGGAGACUAGCACAGAUGAACCAUCUCCUCUAUACUAUGAGGAGAAGCAAAGGAAGACGGUUGAGAAAUCCAGAAGUUUCCGGAAUUAUCAAGAGGAGCGUGAGGCAACCAAUACAGAGAUCUCAGCUAUGCCCAGUUUACCGGAUCUAUCUAUAAGUUUUCGUGUCCCUUCCUACUACAAGCAGCAGCAACAGCAACAGCAUCAGCAACUCCAGUCACCUCAAUCCCCAACGGCCAAAUGUGUUUCACUUGGCUUUGAGAUCAAUGACAACAAAUUGUUGCAAAGUCGAGCUGAGUCCUCGGGUCAUUUGUCCACAAAGACGACGAUGGCGACAUCGACGCCUUCACCUCAACAUAGUACGAAACUUUUGGUGACCAGUGGAACGGGAAAUAUAUCGCAGAUUGAACAGAAUAUUGAUAUGAUAGUCAAAUCGCCUUUGGUUAAUGUAUUGAGAAAAUCUGCCACAGUGGGUGAACAUUUGAGUCCGGAUCAGCCGCAGAGACCUAAAGUUUUGGAUAUUAAACCACCUCCAGUGGCUGCCUCAGUUGUGGCAUCUCCGAGUCCGGCUAGUCCUUUGGCCAAGAAUGCUAAACUGGCCACGAAUUCGCCUCCAUCGACACCCACAAAAACCACGAAUAGUCGUCGUGAUUCUCUGCAUGUAGAGCAGAUGCCAAGUGAACCCGAAUUCAUGAAGAUUCAAUUGAAUCGUGUGGAUCAGGCACGUUUGUAUAAUAAGACAAACCAUUUGGUUUUGGCCAAGAAUGUUAAGGUGGCCAGUCCAAGUCAAAGCAAUUCCACGACGGAGCGCAGUCAGAGCACAGAUGAUCUGAGUCAUCGUCGGCGGAAUAGUGAUGAAGUGGAGGCCACCAUAGAGAUUGUGGAACGACCCAUUGUGAACCAGAGGGCUGUAAGUGCCAACAGUGUGGCUUCAUCACCCACUGUAACAGAAGCUCCGCCUGUUUUAACCCCUGCCGUGCCCACUGUACCAAAGAGUAAACCUGAGACGACAAAAAGUAAUCGCCUGUCAUUAGAGGAUCGCAAACGUCUCUUCCUUAAUGAGGAUACACCCAAGGUGGUUAUACAAGAGCAGCGUAAAAAGUCGUUAAGUAAGGUGGAAUUGAGUCCUGCUAUAAGCAGCAUUCCCCCCACCCCCAGUUCACCUACAACUCCAGAAUCAAGCGAUGGCGGAGGCAGUAACUCACCAUCCAUAAAUUCUGCACCUGUGGUUCUGCGUAAAAAGUCCUUCGGCAGCUCUAUUAAUGGCAAUGCUCCAGCUGCAACGAGCAAGGAGGAUGCCACACCAGAACUGAUGAAGGUCUUUGCACGUCGUUCUCUCAAGGUAAAGGAUGAAGAGGUCGUGGUAGUGACACCUGCUGCUCCUCCAACAGUAGCGCCAUCCACAGCAGUUCCCGCUCCAGUUCCAUUGUCUAAGAAAUCAGUUAGUCAGAAUGUGGAUAGCGAUAAGGAGAAUCAAUCAAAUAGUGAGGAGAAAUUGGAUAAAUUACAGCCGAAAUAUGAAACCCAGGUCAGUAGUGAAUCGUCCAGGGGAAUUGGACACCACCAUCACCAUCAUAAUGCCACAAAUAAUCGCAAUUCAGUGGCCGAUUUUCGUAAUCUCAACAACAAUAUCAACAAUAAUAAUAAUAAUCAACAGCAGCAAAAAGUCCAAUUGAAUGGCUUAAAUGGUCAACAGCAGGGUCAACAACAGAAAGUUGUCUCCUAUUUGCCACCCAUUAAAAUUAGCCAAACAGGAGGAGGACGCAACAACAACAACAACAUUAACAAUAACAACAACAAUACAAAUGGUACCAAUGGUCAUAUGAGAUCCUCUAACGAACGCUAUUCCCUACAAUUGAAACCAGCCACCGCUACAAGCACAGUCACUUCGACACCUGCGACUCCUGCGCAACUGGCAUCAAGUGCUCCAUCUGCAGCUGAAGGAUCUGUUUCAAAGGCCAUAGAAAGAUCAGCCACAGUGGGUGAAUUCAAGGGAAUCCAUCAACGACGUGCCGAAUGGGAACAAAGGGCUAAGGAGGCAUUGAAAUAAAAACUGAUUUACUAAGAGUUUAGUUUUAGUUUAGUUAGUAUAUAUGCUGACUGUGUACCUAGAUGUCCGCGUUACCCGCUUCCCCGCAACCCGAAACCCUUGAGCCUGCGCCUAGGCAAAUAAGAAAGAACAGAAAAAUUGUUAUAGAAUAAAUACAGAAAAUACAGAAUAUAUAACAUAUAUAUUAAUAAUAUAUGGGAUCAUCAGUAAUCACUAAAAUUUGAUGAUAAUAUGUAUGCAUGUGUGUGCCCCUCACAUCCAAAGAAAUCAGUAGAUAUAUAAUCUGCAGCUGGUUCUAUAUGUAAAUCUGUAUUUAACCCACCCCCCUUUCAUCCCUUACUACCCUUUUUGUGUAUUGUUUUUCGUUCGAUAACAAAAUUUCAUUAAAUGUUUAGUUUGUUGUUUA